AUGAACAGUGUUGUCGAGAAUAUCGCUAGUCAACCAAUACUAGGUGGCCAGAAUGCCACCGCUCCUGCCUCCGUUCACAACGUUCUAGAGUCGUUGCAAUCGAUCUCCUACUGGAAGUUGUUCUUCACAAUUGUGUGCGUGGGUUUGGUGUGGGACCAAGUCUCGUACCAAAUCAAAAAGGGUUCCAUUGCAGGCCCAAAGUUCAAAUUCUGGCCCGUUAUUGGUCCCUUCCUAGAGUCUCUAGACCCUAAAUUCGAGGAGUACAAGGCCAAGUGGGACUCUGGUCCAUUGUCAUGUGUCUCCAUCUUCCACAAAUUCGUUGUCAUUGCAUCCACCAGGGACUUGGCCAGAAAGAUUCUGCAAAGCCCCAAGUACGUAAAGCCCUGUGUCGUCGACGUUGCCAUCAAGAUUUUAAGACCUUCCAACUGGGUUUUCCUCGACGGUAAGGCUCACAUCGAUUACAGAAAAUCUUUGAAUGGUUUGUUCACCAAGACCGCUUUGGCUCAAUACUUGCCCUCUCAAGAAGCCGUCAUGGACAAGUACAUUGAAAAGUUUGUCAGAUUGUCCAAGGAAAACAAAUACGAGCCUCAAGUUUUCUUCCAUGAAAUGAGAGAAAUCAUGUGCGCUUUGUCUUUGAAGGCCUUCUGUGGUGACUACAUCACAGAAGAUCAAAUCAGGAAAGUCGCCGAUGACUACUAUUUGGUCACUGCUGCCUUGGAAUUGGUCAAUUUCCCAAUCAUCUUGCCUUUCACCAAGACGUGGUACGGUAAGAAAACUGCCGACAUGACCAUGAAGAUUUUCGAAGAAUGUGCUCAAAUGGCCAAAGACCACAUCGCUGCUGGAGGAGAGCCUUCUUGUGUCAUGGACGCCUGGUGUAAACUAAUGCACGAUGCCAAGACUCGUAACGAUGAAGACGCCAGAUUAUUCCACAGAGAAUUCACCAACAAGGAAAUCUCCGAAGCCGUUUUCACUUUCUUGUUUGCCUCUCAAGAUGCUUCUUCCUCUCUAGCUUGUUGGCUAUUCCAAAUCGUCUCAGACCGUCCAGAUGUCAUGGAAAAGAUUAGAGAAGAACAAUUGAGAGUUCGUAACAACGACCCAUCUGCACCACUUUCUUUGGACUUGAUCGAAGAGAUGAAAUACUCCUACAUGGUUGUGAAGGAAGCUCUUCGUUACAGACCUCCCGUUCUUAUGGUUCCAUACGUGGUUAAGCAAAAAUUCCCAGUUGCUCCUAACUACUCUGCUCCAAAGGGUUCUAUGUUGAUCCCAACUUUAUACCCUGCUUUGCAUGACCCUAAUGUUUACGAAAACCCAGACGAAUUUAUCCCAGAAAGAUGGGUCGAAGGUUCCCCUGCUAAUGAAGCCAAGAAGAACUGGUUGGUUUUCGGUUCCGGUUCUCACGUUUGCUUGGGUCAAACCUACGUCAUGAUGACUUUUACCGCCCUAAUAGGUAAAUUUGCUAUGUAUACCAAUUGGGAACACAAGGUAACUCCUUUGAGUGAAAAAAUUAAGGUUUUCGCUACCAUUUUCCCCAAGGAUGACCUGCUAUUGUCUUUCAAGAAGAGAGAUCCUUUAACAGGUGAACUCAAAGCGUAA